CGCACGCAAAGUGACGUUUACAAGUUUGUUUUGUUAAUAAAGUUAAAAUUAACUUAAUUAUACUCAUUAUGCUACUUAUAUAAUAUUAAAUGAAGUGUACUAUUUAAACAAUGUGUAAAUUACAAUUAUUUGUAUUUGAAUGUAAUUGUACCAUUACGAAAUAUUAAAAAUGCGUAAAAAGUUUGUUUACAUCGCUUUUUUGCUUGGUAUAGCACUCACCAGCUGGAUAUAUUGGCAAUCAAAUGCAGAAUUUAAUGAUACUGUCAACGUUAUUAAACGGAAAAUAUACAAAUUAAACGAUAUCGCACUUAAACCUGCGAUAACGUCUUGUGAAAGUCAUACUUUUAUACUUAUCAUAGUGACUUCAUAUGUUGGUCAUGUGGAGUUACGGAGUGCUCAUAGAAGGGCUAUGCCUGCAGAAAGGUUAAAAGAACUGAAUGCUGCCAGAAUAUUUUUGCUAGCCCAAAUACCAGAUAAAGAAAAAUACAUUACUCAAUCUGCUAUCAAUGAUGAAAGUAACACUUUUGGUGAUAUUCUACAAGGUGCUUUCACUGAAAACUACAGAAAUCUAACUUAUAAACACUUGAUGGGCUUAAAAUGGGCCUCAACAGUGUGCCAGCAAGCAACAUACAUACUCAAAGUGGAUGAUGACACAGUGUUCAGCAUAGAAAGAACAUAUGGAUUUCUUAAAACAGUAAUAUAUUCUGAAGAUUUAUUAUUAGGCUAUAUGCUGAACAAUACAAAACCAAGAAGGAAUAAGGAAAACAAAUGGUAUGUCACUUGGGAUGAAUACUCAAGAUCAGAAUACCCCUCAUACCUCUCAGGAUGGUAUUACAUCACUACACCUAAAGUCGCAGGGGAUCUCUGUGAUGAAGCAAUUUACCAUCCUUACUUUUGGAUUGAUGACAUUUUUAUAACUGGUAUCCUCAGAGAAUCACUAGGUAUCCAAUUAAAACAGCUACCAGAUAAAUACUGGCUGGAAUAUUAUGAGUUACUUGAAUGUUGUAUAAAUGGUAUGAUUAAGAAAUCAAUUGAAUGUGAAUAUAUAGUGGGGCCAAAUGGUAAUAGAAACAAUUUAAUUGUGGAAUAUAAUGACGCUAUCAAACUUUGUGACAAUAACAAAAACUGUACUAAGAGGACUGUGGAUCAAGAUUUACAUAAAACAUGUGUUGCACACCAAGAACGGACUAUAUUUGGUGAUGGUGGGCUAGUGGAAGUGAAAUCUAUAAAAUUGUAAUACUAUGUUUGA